AUGCGAACAUCGGAUCAGAAGCUAGUUAACCGGCUAGAAGCACAGUAUUCAGUAGCAUUACAUACGGCUGUCCAAGAUGCGGCGUUUGCCUUGAAUCAAAAUGAGUAUCAGGAGAAUGAAGCUUCCUAUCAAUCCAGCAAGUAUUUCAAUGCGAAUAAGGAAGCUGCCAUCGAGACAUUUUGGAAAACCAUGAACCUUAAUUUUGGUGCAGGAGAGGAUCCGGUAUCCCAGGGCACGCUGGCAACAUACGUCCCAGUUGUAGCUGUUACCGACUAUAGCGGAUUCCAUAUCUACGCAUUUACGGAGUAUACGGACGCGGGUGGGAACAAGCUCUAUAAACACGAAUGGAAACCGGAGAAACCUUAUGCCUACAGCGAUCAAGCGGGGAACAGCAUUAAUUUCACCUUGGACAGUUACGUAACUGCGUAUGAGGCAAGUACAAGCACCUGGCUGAAGGGUUAUCGUAAGGAGUUGGAAGGACUUACGGAUAUUGCACUAUUGAAUGAUGAAAAGCGGUUUGAUGAGAUGCGGCGCAGAACCAUUGUGAAUGCAGUUCAAAAAGAUGUGGCCUAUUUCAUCAAUCAACAUAAUCAAUUUGCUCUUCGACUUGGCAUUUACUAUGAUUUUAAAAUUCCUCUGAUUCCUAAUGAGGAAUGGACAAACAGUGUAGAUGACAUUGGGAUUAUGGCAUUCAUUCAAGGCUUGCCGGUAGGGCACCAGUUCUAUAACAAUUACGCAUUUGGUAGUGGCCGGAUCGUAAAGAAGAAUGUCGUGUAUGGAGCGAUAGAUGAAAGUACUGGUCUGAAAUACUAUUAUCGCAGUAGUUAUCCACUGAACAUGCGAAUUGAGGAAACGUUCGCAUCAGAAAAGGACGCUGCAGCUGCAGGAUACAUGCCUGCAAAAGGACUCAAUACCAGA